AGUCUAGGGCCAUAUAUGUGGUUCAGUGGUGUGUAGUAGGUGUUCACUAGGAAAACAGGAAGCAGUGCAGUAGUAGUGUGGAACAGGUCACAGGUGAAGGUUGAUGAAGAACAUGUAUGUAUAAUUGCAUGCCAAGACAAGGUACUGAUGUUGCUGUGAUGAUUUUGGUAGCAGCCUCCAGACUUGUAAAGAAUAGAGACAAUAGAUGCCUGUACAGGUGGACAGAUGAAGAUGUCAAGCAGCGGCUGUACAGAUGUGGGGUCCAUAUGUUGGGAAUCCUCAGCUGGGUGCCCCACACCAGACAUCACCCUCCUGUUGCCGACGACGGCGAUGUCAAGCUGCUACGCCGCACGUAUGCCAUCCUUGCAGCUAUUGGCAGCCGUCUGCGCCCCAAGUUCCGAAUUGUAGCUGCACAAGAUGUUCCGGGGUGGAACCACAGGGCGCAGGAUGAGGAUGGUGAGGAGGAUGGUGAGGAGGAGGAGGAGCAGAAGGUGGUGGCGGCGGCGGCGGUGGCGGCGGUGGCGGCGGCGGCGGCGGCGGCGGAGGAGGAGGAGGAGGAGGAGGAGGAGGAGGAGAAGGAGGAGGAGGAGGAGGAGGAGGAUAUGACCAACAGGUUGGCCACAACAACGACUGCACCUGCUACAGUGGCAGCGCGGAUGAUGCACGGUUGCUGCAACAUGAGGGAGGCUCUCAGCAUGUCUCCAUGUUGUUUCAUGUGCAAGUCCUCCCCCUCCAAAAAGGGUGGGGAACGAACAUCCUAUCCCGGCCAUGAACAAGUGUACAGCAAACAUCACGGUGACAUGAUCCAGGAGGUACAGCCGUUCCAUCAUGUCAAACACAUGAACCCCUUCCAGCAGCAGCAGCAAAAGCAGCAGCAGCAGCAGAACACAAUGACGGUGCAGCAGGAUGCCCGCCCCAAGAAGCAGGGCACCAAACCCCAGAAGCAACAGCUGCAGCGGGGCAAGAAGACACAGGUAAAAUGCAAGAACACCAAGGCCGCUUAUUGCAGUAAGGGGGUGUCUGCUGUCCCGUCUAUGCAGCAGCAACAACCCCAGCAGCAACCUCAACAACAACAUGUGCUGCCGCACACACAGUAUGAUGCGAUGCACAUCUGUGACGAGCGUGCAUGCAUCAACCCGUUUCAUCUUGUGUGGGGAACACGUGCUGAGAACCGGCGUGGUCAUCAAGGACGGGAUGGUAGCAUGGGCUAUAGCCGCCUGCCUCCGGUGCAGCAGGGCAGCAUCCUCCGUUUCGGAAGCAGCAGCAACAUUUCAGCGGCAGCAGAGCAGGAAGUAGGAGAUGCUGCUCAGAUGUUGCUCUAUCUGUUUGAUGGGCACCCACCCAUUCGGAAAUGA